AUGUACAAAGAGAUUAUUGUCGUGUUUAGUAUUCUUAUCGUUCUCAAGGCUGUCCUCGCCCCCAUAUACACAUAUCUUCGUGACCCCAAAGGUCUGAAGCGCUUCCCUGGAGUGUCAGUCGCUCCCUUAACUGAUCUCUGGAGAGUAUGGAAGCAAUAUCUUCGUACACGUACCGUGGCAGUUCAUAAAGCACACCUCAAAUAUGGCAGCAUUGUUCGAGUCGGGCCAACCCACCUCUCCUUUUCAACGCCUGAAGCAAUCCGCCACAUCUACGGCCACGGAACACCAGCACUGAAAGAUGAUUUUUACCAGACAUUCAACUCAACUCACCUCAACGUAUCUGACGCUCAGGAUAGAGAUAUCCAUAGUAUCAAACGAAAGCGAUUUGCCAUUGCCUUCUCCCAGAAACGUAUCGUUGAGCUCGAGCAUGUGGUUCAAGACCACCUGCGGCGUGUCUCGCGCAUACUGGACUCUUCCAAGGGGGAGGAAGUGGACAUGAAGCAGAUAAUGAUGCACCUCUUGCUGGAAGCACGGUACCAGCUCCAACACAUCACCACGCACUUUGUGCGCGAACGAGUAAGCAUGGACAUUGAGCGAGUGGACGCAGGUCUCCCGCCACUAGACGAUCUUAUGACCACGCUCGUUUGGGACAGAAACCGCGAGCAACCUCUGUGUUUGGAGCUGGGUGAACUAGUGACAGAGGCCCAAAACCUCUUCAGUGCUGCCGGAGGAAACACCGAAAUCUCUCUGACCAACAUCAUCUGGUACCUCGCCAGCAAUCCACACGUAGUCCGACGUCUUCGUGCGGAACUUGCAGAUGCACUUCCACUACACAAUGAUUCAUCAAACCCCAUAUCAUAUGACUUGGUCAAAAACCUUCCCUAUCUCCGUGCCUGCAUAGAUGAAGGCCUACGUCUUCGUCCCUCCAUCCCCGGUGGUCUUCCUCGCGUUGUCCCGAAGGGAGGUAUGAUGGUGUCUGGUGAGUGGUUAGAAGAAGGCACUACCGUAUCUCUAUCCACGUAUACCGUCCACCGUUAUCCGGAUGUCUUCGGUCUCGAUCCCGAGCGGUAUAUCCCUGAGCGGUGGUUGCAGCCUGGGUCGCGUGAUAUGCAGCGCGGGUUUCUGGCUUUCUCACAGGGAGGAAGAGGAUGUCUGGGACGAAAUAUUGCUUAUUUUCAGAUGCAGUUGGUUAUUGCGGCGUUGGUCUGGAGGUAUGAUCUUACCUUAAGGGAGGAAGGGUGGGAGUUGGAGACUAUGGAGACGUUUAGUGCGCAUACGGGGAGCUUGCCUGUUGUUGUCACGAGACGGGAGUAG